AUGGCUCCAACCGUGCUUUUUGUCCCAGGAUUUUGGGAGGGCCCAACAGUAUUUGAAAAAGUGACCUCCCUCCUCACAGCAAGCGGCAUAUCCACCGAAGUAGCCAAAUUGCAAAGCACCAACACCACAUCCCCCGGGAAUCCCGGAAUGAAAGACGACGUGAAGGGCAUCCGCGCCCACAUUGAAGCGAUUCUAGCCCGAGGAGAAGACGUGCUCCUGGCCCUCCACUCAGCAGGUGGCUUUCUCGGCAGCGAAGCAAUGCAAGGACUAGACAAGAAGACCCGCGGAGACCAGCCCGGUGUAGUGAGCAUCGUAUUCCUGGCAGCAGCCGUUUUCCCCGAGGGCUACCAGCACCAACCGUUACCUUUUGCCGUGGUGGAGGGCGGCGCAUCUUACUGCGCGCAACCGGAGAUUUUGCUUCUAGGGGAUCUGCCCGAGGAGGAGAAAGCCGGAUGGCUUGACGCCAUCAAGCCGCAGCCUGCACAGGGGUGGGACGACACGGUUAGCUAUGCGGGGUGGAAGGAUGUGCCGAGUGUUUAUCUUAUCUGCGAUGAGGAUAAUGCGCUACCGGUUCCGCUUCAGGAGCAGCUGGCUGCUUUGGCGGGGAGCAAGAUCGAACGAUGCAGUGCGGGUCAUUUGCCGAUGCUGAGCCAGCCGGAAGCUGUGGCUGGUGUGGUUCAAUCAGCGUUAGCUUGA